UUUUUCUUUUUCUUUUCUUUUCUCUUCUCUUCUCUUCUCUUCUCCUCCCGUGCGCCGUGCGCCCUUCCCCUUCUCCCCGUUCGCAGCGCAGCAACCGCCACCGGCCGACCUCCAUUCCUCUUCUUCUUCCGUUCGCAGCAGCCGUCGGCCGCCACGUGACCACUACCCAGUCCAGAUCUGCGUCACAGCCCAGCAACCGCCGCCCCUAUUUCCUUCUUCCGCCGUGCGCCGCGACUCCCACCGAUCUUUUCCCUUCCGUUUUCUUCCCGCCGCAGCCCAGCCGCCCCAUCCGUUCGCACAGCAACCGCCGCCGGCCAUCUCCAUCUUCUCUUCUCCUCUCCGUUCCGUCCAAACCCAGCCGGACGUCGCUGCAACCAUCGGCCAGUUCGCGAGGCAGCCGUACGCGUCACCUUGCGGCCGCCGUCCAGAUCUGUACCGCAAGACCUUCCGCCGCUGCAGCCAUUGCUCUUCCGCCGCUGUCCAGCCGUCUCAGCCGGUUCUGUCUCCGUUGAAGCCAAGGCCGCCGCGUGAACCAGUAACCGCCACGCUCCCCGCUCACAACUGCCGCUCCACCUGCUAUCGACGUCGGCCGACUAGUUGCUGUAACCGUUCAGAUUUGCUGUAACCAUUCAGAUUCGCGGUCUGUUCGCGACGGUCUCCAUCCGUGAAGCCCAGCCGCCACGUUCCCUUUGGCCGACCGCUGACCGACCCACACUUAGGAUUUUUGCUGCGAGUUCGACAGUCGUGCGUUGAGGUGUUGGGAGUAACGUUAGGCUCCCUUACAUUCACAACCAGUUUGUGAGUUGUUGAGGGUUCAGUUCGCCAAUAUGUCGGAUUGUUUCGAGGACGUUAGUUGAUUAAGGAGCUUCCCCAACUUUGAGGUGUCCCACGGGACCACCAAAGCUACUGCUCGAUUUCUUUCGCAAAACACUAAAUGAAAAAUGCAAUUAUAUCAAAGUUGAUGUCCUAAAGAAGAAAAGUAAAAGAGAAAAAGGGAUUUGGGGGCGAAACUCCGGGACAGGGACAGAGGGCCUGAGAAAAAUGGCGGCAAGGAUGAAAGCGGUGGCGACGCUGCCUAAUCUAAUUAGAACCCUUAAAAAUGAUCGCCGGAAGCCUGGUUUCAGCCAGCCUCUUCCGUCGUUGAGACGUGCCUUUUCACUUUACGAUCAGAUCAAUCUCAUCGACAAUGUCCCUGAAGAUCAGCUUCGUUUUCAACGGUAUACUGAGACGGGGUUCACUGUGAAUGGAGUGGAUUAUGAGGGCAGCUUGCUUUGUGUUGGGAAUUUGUUGAUGUCUUGGACUCCUAAGAAAUUUUCGGAAAUUACGUCUGAUAGCUUAUCUAUCUUCCAGAUUGUGCGCCCUAUUCCAGAAAUUCUAAUACUUGGCUGUGGGAGAUAUACUAAACCAGUAAAUCCUGAAUUGAGGCAGUUCAUUCGUUCCACUGGCAUGAAGUUGGAAGCUGUAGACACGAGAAAUGCGACAUCAACUUAUAAUAUCCUAAAUGAGGAGGGUAGAAUUGUAGCUGCAGCGCUUCUGCCUUAUGGAGUUUCUUCAUGACCCACCGCCCAGAGCCAGACUCGGUUGUUGUUAUGGAUGCCUCUAAAUUGCAGGAUUCUUCUACCUCUCAAAUCUUACAAGUAUUACUUAGCGCUUUGAUCUCUACUCAUUUGUAGAAUGACUACAACUAUCGAGUCACUUGGUCCUUUUUGCUGUAUAGAUAUACUGUUAUUGUCAUAACCUGCCAUCAAGAAUUAUAGUGUAUA